CUCUCCCAACAUGUACCACCGUGCUGACGUCACAGUGCGAACGGACCACAAAUCCUUACAGUACUUGCGCGCCCAACCGAACCUCAACCCACGGCAGAUCCGAUGGCUCGAUUUCCUCAAGUCGAAUUGCCACGACACCAUUACCUACAAACGGGGUGCCAACAAUAUCGCCGAUGCCCUGACUCGUCCUACUGCCCAUACCAACGCUAUACUACCGUUGGAUCCGCCCGAGCGACCCUGGCAACACGUCACGAUGGACUACGUGACAGAACUGCCGGCCGGUCCUAGCGGAAACGACGCCAUCCUCGUGGUCGUUGACCGACUCACGAAAAUGGCGCACUUCAUCGCUUGCCAACAGAACAUCACGGGCGAACAAACUGCGCAGCUGUUCAUCGCAAACGUCAUCCGACUGCACGGACUGCCCUCGCCAUCAUUUCAGACCGAGACCCGAAAUUCACAUCGAAUUUCUGGCGACACCUGUGGGACCAAUUCGGCACCAGACUAUAGUUUUCCUCCGCCUACCACCCACAGACCGACGGGCAGACCGAACGAGUCAACCAGACCAUGGAGCAACUCAUUCGAACUACCUGUACUGACCCACAAACAUGGAGAAAUCCCUUCCACUGCUGGAAUUCGCGUAUAAUAACGCGCCCUCCGCCACAA